AUGAUUCACUUCACCUGUGGAUUGUGCGUCCCAAUCGUCACCGCUGUCCUGAGCGCCGUCACGGCAGUGGGUGAGUCAGAAAUUUUGUCAUACACAUAGUGUUCUUAAUAAUGUUGUUUACAUCGUCGACGGUCGAAGAUAAAUUAUCCGCCACUUUCCCCUCCACCCGUUUCUCCAUACUAUACUACUACUACUACUACUACUACUACUACUACUACUACUACUACCAGGUACUAAUAAUAAUAAUAAUAAUAAUAAUAAUAAUAAUAAUUUACUCCCGGGUCGUGUGUCGCGUUUUUCGUUUCAUUCAUAAAAUUUAACGCGUACGGUUUUCGCAGAAUUUCGGGCGAGGCGUGAGCCGUUGUAUUAUUCAACAGGUUACAAUGAACACUGGUCGGGAGGGGGCGGAAUGCGGUAAUAAUAUCCCAAGUACCUAACAUUAAACACCGAUAGAUAUUGGUAGGCAUCGGCCGAUAUAAGUACAGAGUUCCGCGAUUGCACAAUGGUUAGCAAACGAAUUUCCAACGCGCGUGUUUAUUGUUUGACGGCCGUUACAUUGUGUAAGUAAAUAAAUAACGGUUUCCCUGUUGUACGUUUUUAAUUUUUUCUUUUUCUUUUUUUUUCACUCUUAUUGAAUCAAUUAACAGUUUCAAGUCCAGCGUCAGUGUUGCUGCACGAUAAUAGUAUAGGUGUAAUCACAGACGCGACAUGUUCGAGUAUGUUAAAGGCGUGAUUCGAGUAGAAACGAAUAAAAAAAAAAAAAAAAAAAUCGAACUAUUCUAUCUGGAAACUAUUUAGUUUUUAAGAUUAUUUACACGGUUUUUCGGAAAUCGCGUAAAGUAUUCACUGAAGUAAUCGCCUAAUAUAGAAUCCACAGAUAUAAAAAAAAAAAAAAUUCUAUAAAUAGUACAUACCUGUUGCGUGUAAAAUCGUAAUAAUACAUUAAAAUAUUAUAUUCGGCCAGGUGCGUAAUUUUUAUGAAUUGAAGAAUUAUACUAAACCAUAGGUGUAGGUACUAAGAUUAUUUUGUUUUAGAAUACUUAAAAUAUUUGUAAAACUGCGAAUAGAAAACCGUAUAAAUUUCAUUAUUAUUAUGAAUUGACUUUUUUUUUUUUUUGGCCGCUUGUGUUUUAUAUUUAUUUAUUAUUCCGUAUUCGAUCCUCUCCGUCGCUGUGGUUUUAAUUUGUUUCGUGAUCGGUAUUCAAUUCAAAUAUUAUUACGAAUAUCGAUAACAGAACAAUGUUAGGCAAUUAGUCAAAUUAUAACUAAUUUAUGUAUUUUAUUAAUGUUAAUUGCUAAUUGCUGAACUUUUAAAUUAUAAUAAACCGCGGCGGACAAUAAACUAUUUAUUUGGCAAUUAAGAUAUUCCAAAUGACCGCAUUAAUUAUGAAUUAAUCUGUUCGUAAUAUAUUAUAAUACGAGCGAUUCGUUUAGCAUUUAUAUUAGUUUUAAUUACGUAUUUGAAAUUUCAUUAUUUUUCUAUAACGAAUUCACUCGUAUUCGCGUUAUUUUUCCUAAAUACACGUUUCUAAGAAAAAAUUACAAUCACACAUAUCUUUAGCCAUUUAUUUUUAUAGGUAGGUAAUUGCAUUUUAAUAUUUUGAAAAUACGAGUAUUGAUCAAUAUUACGGUCAAUUUCCGUAAUACGUUUGGAAAAUAAACCGCAGUGGCAUAAAUAUCCCUAAAAACUAGGAGUGGAUCCGGGGAUCAGAGCAAUCGACCCUUUCUCCCCUUUCCUCCCCCGGUCGCGAAUACAAAUUAAGGGAGAUAAUUUUUUGAAAAAAAAAAAUAAAAAAAUUACGCUGUUAACACAAAUAAAUAAAUACAUUUCAUUUCAUUUGUCGUAAAUGUGUUUCCUGUCGAAAUUAAAAAAUCGCCCCUUGGCCCCCGUAAAUUUUGUCUUUGAUCCGGGCUGGAUUAACGUACAGGCAGAGUAGCCAUGUUUCUAGGGCUAAGCAGUGAUGGGCAUAUAUUUUUUUUUUUCUAUUAAUACGUGUAUCCCGAAAUUAAGCGUACUAUAAAUGUUUAAUCUAAAUAAUAUUAAUAAAUAGGUAUAUUAAUGUGUCUGUAAUAUUAUAUACAAAUAAAUGUUUGUCUGCAUGACUCCUGUUAUGCCUUCCUAAACCGUUCAUCCGAUCGCCAUGAAACUUUGGGAAGUUGUUGAGUACACUCCCGUGAAGGUUUCUGGCAUAGUAAAUCUAAGAAAUUCUUCGGUAGCUCCACUAUCGCCCACAAAAACCGGGUUUUAGGUACUUUUGGUACGAAAAUAAAAUAUUAUUUUUUUUAUUUAUUGGUUACCUUGGUAAUAUACGGAUAAUAAAACAAAUAUUAUUAGUUAACUGGGUUGUCAUGGGCAAAUGCUUAUUAUGUCUAUGCCAUGUAUUCUAUGAGUGUGUAUAUGGGCAACUACUUAGUUUUUUGUCUUGAUUGGAGAGAAAAUGUUUAAUUUUAACUGCCAACGCAGAAAUAAAUAUUGUGUACACUUCAGUACAUGGGUGAUAUAAGAAAUACAUAAGACAUAUUACAUAUAUAGACAUACCUAAUAUAUACAAAUCUUCUUUAAAUUUGUCGAAUACUGCAUCGUCGACAGUUGUGUCCCCCCUCCGCCUCAAACGGAUAUCGAUUGGUCGAUCUACACCUAAAGCACGAAAGAAAAAUGCAUUAUAAGCAACGGAAAACAAGAUUAGAAAAGAAAUAUAAUAGAUAAAAAGAAAAAUAUAAAAAAAUUGGCACGUGGCUUGUGUAUAUUAUACAUGUACAGGCUGCCCGACGAUCUACUCCUUGAAUUUCUCCAGAGAUAAUAAAGAUAAUCAAAUUCAGAUUUUUUUUUUUUUUUUUUUUAUAUUACUCACAGGGAUGAAGACUAAAAAUAUUUAUUUUUAAAUUCAAUUUUUUUUUAGUAAAAAAAUUAACUUUAUUUUAUUAUUUUCGGAAAAUAUUAAGAUAGUAAUUCUGUAGAUUAUUUUUUUGAAAAUUUUAAUGUGUCACACACUUAUAUCCGAUGAAUAGUUUUCUAAGUAACAGCCGUUUUAAAUUCUUGUUGACCAUUAAGUGCAACUUAUAAUGAUCCUCCCGUUAAAUUUUCAAGCAUUUCUGUUUGCAAUUUUAUCAAAAGUGUACCUACGGAAUAAAAAUUCCGUAAAAUCUCACAAAAUUAUAAUGUUUAAAAUAGGUAAAAAAAUGGCUCAUAUAUUUUUAAAAUUUUACUACUUUCGGAAAAGGUAAACAUACGAUUUUUGUUUAAAUUUCAAGUCUUUGCGAAUAUUUUUAAUUGAAUCGUAACAAAAAAACAAAAAUGAAAAUUAUAAAAGAACUAUUUCCGUAUAUUUUUCCGUUCUUUCUACGAUUUUUGAUUCUGAGUGCAUGGAGCGAAGAAGCUGAUGGUUAACCAUCGAUAAGAAAUGCGUUAGCUGCAACCCUUCCGGAUGCUUACGUUCCUAUGAUCACAUAUUAAAUUUACGUUGACAAUUUCGCUUUAGAUAUUUUCUGUUAAUACUAUCGCCGCUAAAGAAACUAAAGGCGGCGAUAUUACCGGUAUACUCAGGCUGCAGCCUCCCUUGAGUUUGGUAGGACGGAGUUCAGAUCCCCACGGUUAUCAUGUUAUAAAAAAAAAAAAAAAAACAAUAUUUGUCAUGUACAUCCUUAAAAUACUAAUUCUAUUUGUAACAAAUUAAUUGAGAAAGAUAAACGUUUUUUUUCCUAUUGUAUGUGUUUAUAAAAUAGUGAACCCCCCAUGACAUUUUCAAAACUUGAUGUCUCUGAGUAUAUCGAUUUUAGUUCGCGGUGUUGGAUUUUAAUUUUUUUUUUUUAAACUGUACACCGAAAUUAUCGAAUAUAUCCGAAAUACCAAGAAUAUCGAAUGUAUCAAAAUAAUCUUUCCGAAAAAUCGAUUCAUCGAUAUUUUCGGUACUGACUCAUACCGGUAUAAAAUAUCAUACCGAUAUAUCGAUGUAAAAAAAAAAAUACCGUCACCCCUAGGUAAUACCGAAUUCAUAGGCAUACUAAUAAAUAACUUACCGGUUCGUAAAAUGUUAUAAUCACAUUCGAUAAUAUUGAACAAAUUCACAUGGAUAAUGCCUCAGUCCCAUAAACAUGUGUAUUGAACUGCCCUUCGUGUGGUCUAAUUGCACAUGCCUCCCCAAUGGUUUAUACAGACUAAAUAUCUUUUUGAAUUUGUGAUCCAAUAAAACCGCAUCUCUUUUUUUGUUUAGUUUUAUUGAAUACAUAAUAAAUACUAGAAUUAUGUUUGACAUUGAUAUCAUUCAUUUUGGUUAAAUAACAAAACAACAGAUUAAAACAGAUGGAAACACCGAAAAAAAAAUAUAUCAAUAAUAAACAUGUUUAAAACAUAUACCUACAAAAAAAAAAAAAAAAACGUUUUUUACCGAAAUAUCCAAAAUACGAAUAAUUAUGUAUACUGACUCAUAACGACAUAUAAAUGUAAAAAAAAUGUCAUCACCCCCAAUUAAGAAUCAGUUUUCAAUAAAAGUCAAUCUAUAAAUUGGAAUAAUAAAUUAUUUAUUAAUUAUAUUCAUAGAACUAUUGUUAUUAGUGUAUGUGUAAAUAAAAUAUUAAAGGGUAAAAAAAUUGAACAUUUUACUUAGAUGGCCAUAUACAAUGAACUAUUAAAAAAAAAAAAAAUGUGCCUAGGGCUAUUCUCGGGCUUAAUCCGACCCUGCGUGAAUCCGCUCCUGCUAAGAACAAGUGUUAAUUUACAAUAAGUAGUAGUUUAUGCGAUUUUUCAAAUAUUAAAUCCAUUUUUUCUAUUGGUUUUUAUUUUUGCUAAUCGAAAAAGUAAAAUAGGAAAUCGUUUUUCAUGUUAGGUAAUUACGUGGGCGGACGUGCUAACAAUUAAUAUCAAUGUGCCGAAAAAGAAGUUACUUAUCUCAGUAAUCAGUUUAUAAAAUAUAUUAAAUACCUACCUAUCUACCUAGGUACUAUAAAUAUAUACAGGACCGUGUUAAAGGGGGGCAAUGAGGAAAUUAGCCCCGGGAUGCCUAACCUUAUUCAAACUAUUGGACACCCGGCUCAAUAUAAAACUUGAAAAAAAAAUUAACAAUAUCAUUAUUAGUAUGGCAUUUAUUUUUUGUUUUGUUUUCAAACGCUUUGCUUAGAGUAAUACUUAAUGGAAUUAUUGUUUGGUAAUUAGAAGAGCGUAUAAGUACAGCCUUAGUAACGUAACAGUGGUGCAACCAGGAGAAUGUUUUGGGUGUCUGGACACCUCCCCCCCUACAUCCUUGUUUAAGUAGUAUAAAUUUGUUUUUUUUAAUGUAAACAUGUGUCACCCCCUCGAAAAUCCCGGUUGCACCACUGUAACGUAAUAUGUUGGUACCUAGAAAAAAUUCAUUAGUAAGGAGAUUUUUGGUGGGGGUAAAAUAUUGAUAUUAUAAUUUGAAUUUAAUAAAAUUGUGAGCAACUAAAAUUUGAUGGGAGAACCUCCAAAAUUAUCUACAAAUAAGACCUUAAGAGGGAACGUUUAAAAAUGGAUACCGCUGGGCGCCAAACGAUUUAACACAGCUCUGUAUAGAUAUGUUUUUUUUAAUGUAUUAUAUUUUAUUAGUAUAACUAGAGACAGAAUUUUUAUAUGCUCUUAAAAUCCACAAAAAAAAAAAAAAAAAAUACUUGGAAACGAUAAAAAAGCCUUGAAAAAAGUACCUAAAAAUAUAUAAAAACGCAAAAAGAAUAGAGGGGGUUUUAAAUUCUCUACUUUAACGAAUUUAACUUAUAAAUACAAUUUCUAACACUACUAAAAUGAUUAUUAAAAAGUAUUUUUUUUUUUAGUACGUACGAUUUUAUUUAAAAGAAAUUUAAUUUAAUAAAUUAAUAAAUUAAUACACUUAUUUUAGUAUUUAUCAUUUAUUAUAAUUUUUUUUGUUAUACAUUUUUAUUAUGAGUAUCUAGAUUUUUAAAAUAAAAAUAUGAAUUACAUAACAUUAAAUUACUACUUUAUAUAUAAUUGUCAGUUUACUAUCCUUGUCGGUCGAUUGACUCAGACCCGUCAAUUAAUUGUAUUUUAAAAUCUAUAUAAUACCCGUUACAUUUUACAUAUAAUGACCAAUGAAAAAAAGUAUGCCUCUUCUCCCAGGAAAAUUGUCUGAAUUCAACACUGACGGGUACCUAGCUCUGAAAUGUGUACAUAAAAUUUCGUAUCGGAAAUAUGUAUAGGGGGUCGAAUAUAUUUCAUAAAUGGUUUUUUUUCUUAAAAAAUCAAUGAAUAAAUGAGUUCUUCCCCCCUACCUUCCAACGGCGUUAUAUAUGUGUCCAUUCCUACUUUUUCAUUGUAGUUUAUUACCGGUGGCGUAGCCAUGAUUUCUCAAUGGAGGGGUGGGGGAGAAUAAACCCAAAAUUGUAUGUUUGUUAACAUGCAAUAGGUUUAAAAAUAUACUAUUAAUUAAUAAUCUGUGAAAUAUGAAAAUAAAUUGCAUACACCAUAAAGAAAUCCCGAAAAUAAUUACGAAAGAAUUUUGAUAAAAUAGUUUUUACAGUCGCCACUGAUCAGUACCGGUUUAAGAAUUUAUAUGUCAUGUUAUAAUGUUAUUACAUUUUUGUUUCAAGUGGUAUUCAAAUCUCGUAUACGACCACUUGACAACAUUCGAACAAGUUUAUUUUAAAAAGAAAUCAGUUUUAUUUUUUAUAAAAUAUAAAUCAUUAUAUUAUGUGAAUUUUCCUAGAUCGUCGCCCGUUUCCUACUCAAUGUGUCAAAAGUAAUCGAAAUUCAUAUACAAUAUACUACAUUGUAUAUUUUUAAAUUUUGAGCAUUACGAAGAAUGUAUUGGUUUUACUCUAAUGGAUGUUUUUUGUCUGUUCACACUUUUAUACCAGACAUUUAGCUCUGAUCAUCAACUGUUGGUGGUAGGCCCUGAUUAGGAAAGCAGAGUGUGUCAUGGCCCCAGGCCCCUGGAUAUCGUAAAAUUGUGGGUCCUUGACCUUGGCGGGAAGUACGUUUCUUAUAAUAUAUUACGAUAAUGGAUAUAGUAUUAUUAUUGUUUAUACUAUCGUGAUAUCGUCUGUUUAUGGCAGGAUGAUCAUGGUAAGGAAAUGGAAUACUGUCGAUUACAAAUGUACGGCGAUCUCUAAAAUAUAUUAAUUUGUCGACCAAUAUUUUGAUUAUGUUUAUGAGCCUCUAAAAUUAUUUGGUCCCAGGCCCAAAAUCAUCUUAAUCCGGGCUUGGUAGGGGACGUUUCUGGUAGUAAAUCUUGUCUUAUUGGUGCAUAGGGAUGAUAAUAAUUUUCUUAAGAAUUGGGAGAGACUUAAAAAAAUCUACGGAAUUAUGAAUUUUGUUAUUUUAGUAACUUAUUUUGGUUCCUGUUCCCCGAAAACAGGAACAACUGAGUGUAUAGGUGUGCGUUGAGAAUUUCGACGAGUUAUUUUCGUUAUGGUUGGUAUUAUUAUUCAUCUCUUCUGAUAAAAGACUUCUGUAACAAUCAGGAAUAUGGUUUCAUUUAUGUCAAUAUUUUGUUCUGAAUCCGGUGUGCUUCAGGUGUUGUGAAUUUGUAAUAGAUUUCAUUUCCGUGGAAGCCUGACAAGUGAUAAUAUUAAUGGCAGGAUAUUUUAUAUUGUGAUAUUUUGUUGUUUUUUUUCUAAUGUUGUAUUUUUGUUUCUAUAAUAAUUUAUGAUUGAAAUUAAAUUUUAUGCUUAUAAUCUAUAUGGUUUUUUUUUUGUUUCGAAUGUCCCAUAAAAACAUCCAGACGUGUUAGCAUCCGGACCCUUAUCAUUAGGGAUUUUUUUUUAUUAUUAUCAUUUUUUUUUUUACAUUGUGUCAUUUAUAAUGACACUUCAAUUCUAAUAAUUAUUACGACGCCUACACUCAUUUGCUGUCUGUCACGAUUAGAUAAUACUAAAAUUAUCUUAAUAUUAUAAUUACUUCUGUUAAAUAUAGAAUGAAACGUUGUUUUUACAUGGUAAAUCAUGAUGGGGUUUUUUUUAUUAAUAUUAAAAUGUAUUACAUUAUUUUCAUAUGAUUAUUAUAAUUUAUUAUGGUAUUUCUCUUUUCGUUCGAUUGAUUUAAAAUAACGAACGAAAACGCGCGCCAAAAGCAAUAUACGAUUAUUAAUAAAUUGUUGGUAUGUUCAUUAUUUUAGAUUUUGAGUGUAGCGACAAAGCUAUUAUACUUUUACAAUGAUGCGUGUUUUCGCUGCGAUUUGUUCGUGUCAUAUAUCUUGAAAAGUCCAGAUUUUUCGCAAAGUUGUAUUUUAUUUGAAAAAUAUUUCGGAUUUUCUAAUUGCUUUUUAAGUUUUUCGGUUCGGUAAUUAUUCCAAUUUUGCUUGCAGUACCUAUACUUCGAAAAAUGCGGAUAUCUGGUGGCACUCUAUUUGAAAUAUUUAUAAAAAUAUUCAUCAGUUCAGGACUUUUUUUCUCGAAAAUCACUUGCAGUUAGUUAGAAGCGUUCAAACUUUCCUAUUUUUCGCCGGGUAGUACUAUUUAUUUGAAAAAAGGUCUAGCAUCUAAAAUCCAAUAAUCGUUUUAUCAAAUUAUUAAAAAAACUAUCAAUGAAUGUCGAAACAUCGGUUAUUUUUUUUGAUUUUUGGGCAAAAAACGUGACUAAUUAUACUAUUUCACUCAAAAUCGUUUUUUGUAUCCAACAAUAAUAAACCCUCUCCUAUCUUCUCAACUGCUUAUAACAAUAGUGAGCAGUAUCAAUGGGUUUUUUUUUUUAAAUUUUUUAAUCUCUCUUAAUAAGGAAACGUUAUUGCCGCGACAACCAAAUUAAGUCAUUGGUUAACAACCAUUGUGAAUAAUUUGUGAUAAAUAAAAGAAUCAAUUUUUGUUUAUAGUGUUAAAAAGGCCUUUUGCACGCUUCCUCCGUCUUUUGCAUUUCGACCGACCCGUUAUCAUCCGAAAUAUUAUUUAAUACUUAAUUUAACGUUUCUAUCGAAUGUAAUGAAUUUUAUUCGUCUUCCUGUGUAAUGGACCUCGUUUCACAUGCAUAUACGAUUUUCCAAACUAAUUAUCAUAACGUGUGUGGGUAUUGUGCUGUAGUACACAACGGGAUCGAGAUCAAAUACGCGUAAAAUCUAUUGCACAGUGCAUCGCAGGGGUUAACAAACGACAGGUCGCAACGGGCCACCGAUAGGUUUCGUAUAUUUAUUACAAUGGGCGGAACGUGUUUAUCCGGAAAGCAUUUGUCCGGAAUCUAAAAACGAAAAACCGUAUUUAUCCUGAACUUAUGUUCACAGUAUUAGUAUUAUAUUCAGAAGUGUUCCCAUAAUCCCAUAGUGUAUACUGUACAUAUAUGCUGUUUAUUCUCAACUCGCAAGAUUUUUUUUAAAUGUUAUGGGUAUACUGCGUAUAUUCUCAAGUCUCAAUCGAUUUGCGUUUUUAACUCUCUAGUUUAUUAUUGGCACGUCCUUUCUCCCCUCUAAACUACAAGAAAAAUAUUUUUAUUGUAUUAAUUGUAAAUGUUUUGGUAUUAUUUUACUAACUUGGUAUACUAUCAAAACAAUUAAUGGGAACACCGCCGAUUACAUUUUAGCGAAUAGGGUUUUCGGAAUUAUACUUUGCGGUCGCAAAUACGGUUUUUGGAUUUUAUUUUCCGGGCACACGCAGACCGUAUGAACACUACGUUCUGGAUAAUUACUUUUUGGAUCGUUAUAGCUAGGGAUGAAAAGUUAUAGGAAUUGCAUAUUUUUGUUUAUGUCUUCAAUUCAGUGGUGUACGAAAGGGGGCUAAGGAGCUGAAUCCCCCAUUAACCGUUUUUAUACAUAUAAAUAUAUAUAUAUAUAUGUAGCUUGGUGAAAAAAGGACCAAUGUCAUUUUUUUUUUAAAUCAGUUAGAAAUAAUAAAAGAAAAUGUACAAAAAUUAAAAUAAAAUUUGUUAGAGUUUUUGUAAAAAUUUAAAAUUACACUAACAUUUACAUUUAAUAAAAUACACCCUUAUGGGGAAAUAAAAUUUCAAAGCCCAUUUCCCAACAAUCACAAAGUCUGAUAUUGGCCCUUCUUGCACCAAGCCACAGUUAUAUAUAUUGUAGACACAUAUUUUUUAUAUUUUUCAAAUUUCAACUGUAAUAAUAAUAAGUAAAUAAGAACCCAAAUAAUACCUAUCUAAGAUUGUAAUAUUUAACUUACUGAACUGAUGUUACCAACAAUUAACACAUCGUUAAGUUAGCCCACGGAUGUUGUAGAUAAUAAUAAUAUAACCUUUAAUUAGUGAAAAACAAUUAUGUAAAUAAUUUUAUCCAGUGUGAAUGUAAUAAUAUUUUGUAUAAUUCGAUUUUUCGUCGGUGUUUUCUUAUAAAAAGUAUCCCAUAGUUUCGCACACUAAAAAAGACUAACUAUUCAUUAUGGCAUAAAAAAGAUAGAAUAUUUUUCGAUUUUUACUUUGAAGAAAAAAAAAGUUAAGUUAUGCAACCCACAAUUCAUGCAAUUCUAAUGUUAGUUGAUCUCUAGCUUUUUUAAUACUCUACUAGCUUAAAAAUUGUAUUUUACUGCCCGAUAUUUUUAAAAUCUGUUCCGUAACUUGGAGAAUUCAUAUUUGUGUUUUUUUUUGUUUGCAUAUUAUGGUAAUUUUUUCAAGAAUAGCAUAUUUAAUGACUUUUUUGUGCAUGUAAGAUACAAAUGCAUGUAUAGUCAAUUUGUUUGCAUAUUUGUGCAUAUUUAUUCAAUAUGUACUUGUUUUUAAUGAAUUCUAUUCCAUAAAAUAACUAGUAGUUUGUUGAUCAUAAAUAAGUAACAAUAAAAAUGUCUACUUAAAUUAAAAAAAAAAAAACGAGAUGAGGAUUAAUUGCGGUUAAUGUUUGCGUCGCCGAUUGUCUUGAAUAGGUAAUGCAAAUGUAGCGACAUUUAUUGUUAUUAUGUUCGAUACUCGAGAGUUACGCAUACGUUUCCUUUUCAUUCAGAUAAUGAAAUAAAUCGCGUACCUAUACAGACGUAAUGGUGUAAGAAACAUUGACUAUGGAAUAUAACUAUCCAAUAAUGUCCAUAUUUUUUUUAUUCAGACUGCGGUUCGAUAUUAAAUGUUCUAAAACACGGAACAAUGUAAAAGAAGAAAAAAUGGAUUUAUAUUAAUGAAUUGAUCAUUUUAUAAUAUUAAUAUAAAGGCUGUCCAACGAAAAUAUACCCUUUGAAUCUCCGGAGAUAAUAUAGAUAAUUAAAUUCUGAUUUUUUUAUAUUACUCAUAGAGAUGAUGACUAUUCAAGGAUAUUCAAGGGGAAUAUCUUCGUGGGAUAAUCUGUAUGUAUAGUAAUCGUAGAAUAAUAAUCAAUGCGGAUAAAAUUGGUGAAAGAAAAAAAAAAUUCGUUUUAGUUUUUUUUUUUGCAAUUAAUUCUUUUAGAUUUUGUCACCCGUGUUUUAAAUCAAAUUUCGUUUGCCAGUUAGAUACUUUUACAAGUGCGUGUGAUGCACUUAUUUUUAGUCAACGGGUGUUGUGUGUCCAUGGAAUGUGGGACGGUCAUUACAUAUUAUUCUAUAGGUUUUACAACAAAAUAAUGUAAAACCGUCGCAUUCCAACUCGUUCUUAAUAACACAAAUUGAGUAAGCAACCAUUUAAAAAAACUAUUUUUGAACUCGUGUAUUGUAUCAAUAAGAAUACGAGUUUAAUGUUUAUAUAUUAUAUUAUACAUGAAUAGCUCAAGAAACAUUAUGUAUAAGACAUACGAGUUAAUCAGUGUUCUAAAGAAUACUUUAAAAAAAUAUUUAAACACAAUUUUAAAUACUAUUUAUUUUUUUACCAAUUACUUAACUAUAUUAAUGACAACAAUACAGUUAUCGAUCCGGUAAUAUAGAUUUUUUGUCAUACUUUUUUUAAAUUUUAUGUAUACAUAUUUGUUUGAGAGUUUUAUCAACUAAAUUUAAAUUGUUUAAAAAAUAGUAGUUAAAAAUUAAAAAAAACACAUUUUAAUAUUAAAAAUUGUGUUUUUUUUAUUAAAUUUGCACCGCCCACACCAAUUGAAAAAAAUUGGUUUCAUUUUAAAUACAUAACUUGUUCAAAAUUACUUUUGGUCGUAUUAGUUCUUUUUUUUUGGUUAAUAUUAAACUGCCUACACUAAAUAUUAAACACUGCUUAGUAAGGGAGUAUUAUAUAUAAUAAACACCUGUAAACAGACAUUAAAUAAUAACCUAUUUAUAAGAGAUCAAAAAAAUAGCAACUGAAAUAGUUAGUUUUAAAUAACUACAAUAAAUGUUGGAUAAAAAAGAUCCUCCGCAAUGUCCAACCUGUGCAGUCAACAUAACAGUCAAACAUUUAAUAACCGAAUGCAUUAAGUACGCAGAAGACGCCAAAAAAUACAACAUAUCAUCCAACAUAGACGAAGCUUUAGGCCCCAACAAUGAAGAUAUCAACAACAUGGUCGUUUUCUUGAGAAANCAAUGUCCAACCUGUGGAGUCAGCAUAACAGUCAAACAUUUAAUAACCGAAUGCAUUAAGACGCCAAAAAAUACAACAUAUCAUCCAACAUAGACGAAGCUUUAGGCCCCAACAAUGAAGAUAUCAACAACAUGGUCGUUUUCUUGAGAAAAACUGACCUACUCAACCAAAUCUAGAAGAGAACGGCACCGAAACUCACCUCCAUACGAAUCAACCACAUACUUUGAAUCAUUUUAAGUUCAUCUAUACCUAACUAAAUAUACACAUGUAAAUUAGAUUUAAAAAAAAACUGUAACUAAUGGCCAUAGUAGCUGAUGUUUUAUAAGAUCAAUAAAAAAAAAAAAAAUGUUGGAUUAAUUAAUUCUGUAAAUAACUUUUUUUCCUUAUUUUUUUGUAUUUGUCAAAGAUAUUCCAAUUUCUUGCUGGGUAAUAUAUUCAAAAAUUGGCCAAUUUCAUUGUCUGUUGAUUUUGUUUGGUCAAAUAUAUUUUGAUAAAUAACUGUAUUUAUGUGAAAUUUUAAUACAAACAAAUAAUAAGGCAGAAUGUAAAAAUGUAUUUAUUUUAUCAGAUAUACAAAUAUGGCCUGACGUUCCUGAACUUACCCUUACAUCGGGGGCUGAUCUCACAUUAAAAUGUACAGGAGAUGUACCUGUCAAAUGGAACUAUAGUCAAUUUGAUCCAAAUUUAAUUAUAGAAAAAGUAAGAACCAGUCGUAGUUUUUACGAAUGAUUUAUUUUAAUAAUAAUUUCACUUAAUUAUAAUUAUAUAACCCUUAACAAUUAUGUAUCUAUAAUGUGUAAUGUAUUUUUUAUAGACUUCAUCAAUCACUAUAUCCCAAGGACUGGCUAAUAAUAGUCAUAUAUCUCUACUAACAUUGAGUAGAGCUAGUUAUUUAGAUACUGGAUAUUAUUACUGUGAUCCGUUGCCCGAAGAAUUAAAAGUAGAUGAACAAAAUUCUAAAAAAAUAUACCUGUUUAUUCAACGUAAGUAAUUAUUUAAACUAAAUGAAAAGAUUAAAUUUGAAAACAUGUAUUUUUUUAUGGAGUGAAAAUCAUUUGUUAAAUAUAUUUAAUAGAUAUUAGACAUUAAAAAUAAGUUAACAAAUUAAUAUUUAGCACCCUUAAGAUAUAUUUUUUGUUAUUAUUAUUUUUUGAUAUAAUCAUGAACAAUGAUAUAAAUUAUUUUUUUAUUAGUAGUUUAAUUGAACUUAAUUGAAAAAUAAUUAAUUUAUUAUUUAUAUAUUUCUAUAAAUAUUGUUUAGAUGAAUCACAUUUGUUGGCUGUUCCUGGGAAUUUAUAUGCAUUGUCUCAAGAUGAAUAUGGUAAUGUUAUUAUUCCGUGUCGACCAACAUCACCAGAAGUGAAUGUAACAUUGCUCAAAGAUGAUGUUGAGGUAAGUUAAAGUUUUGAAAGAUACACUUAUUCACUUAUUAUAAAUAUGCAUACAAAAAGCCAGAAAAUCUUUGUUUAAUAAAAAUUACCAUUAUAAUAUGAACUCAUUUUAAAUACCGUGUAAACAGUCCAUAACAUUAUUUUUAACAAGAUUUUGUUUUUCAUUAUACAUAUUUAUUUAGAUUAUAGCUUUAUAGAUUUUUUAAAUAAAGAGUACACUUUUGAUAAGGGAUACACUACUCACAUCAUCAAAUGUGUAGAUGUUGAAUUUACACAACAAUGUAAAAUUCAUGUAAAAAAGUGUACACUUCUUGUUAAAACAAAAAAAAAUCUAAAAACUAUUGUCUAUAAUUUUACUUUUUUUUAGAUAAUAAAACUUUUUAAUGAUAAUAAUAAUAUUAUUAUAAAUUAUAAUUAAAUCAAAAAUCUUUGAAAUAUCAUUUAAAAAAUUUCAUAUUAUUUCAUAGAUUGUUUUUAAUGUGAUAAUUUUGUUAUAAUAAAAUAAUAAAGUAAAGACAAAAUUAUUAAAAUGGUUAAUACACAUAAAUAAAUAAAGUAAAUAAAUAUAUAAAUAAAAAAUUCAUAUAUAAAAAUAAAAUAAAUAAAUUCAUCGCCUAGAGUAUUAUAAUAAGUGUAUUAUACGACCGGUUUUGAAUUAAAAAUUCAUCAUAGGUAUAUCACAGUUAAAAUGUAACCAUAAUAUAAAUUUUGAUAUUAAUACAAACUUAGAAAUAAUAAAUAUCCAAAAUAACAUUUACAUUAAUUCCGUUUUAGAAGAAUUAUACAUACACAAUAUAAUAGAGUAAAAUAAUUUGAAUAAUAUUUUAAAUGUACAAACAGAUUUUAAAAAUAAUACCUUAUAUCAAUACAUUUUAUAUAAUAAAUAAUAACCAAAUGGUUUAUGUUUCUUAAAAUAUCUAUGUCUAAUAAUAACUAAUUUUAAAUAAUCUCUCGUAUUAAAAUAAAUUAUUUCUAUAUUUUAUGUAAAACGAUUAAUUUGUAAGUUUUUCUGUGUUUUCUUUCAUUUAAUUUUUAAUAUUCAGUCGCAUUUUACAUUUUAACUGUGAUAUACCUAUGAUGAAUUUUUAAUUCAAAACUGGUUGUAUAAUAUACUUAUUAUAAUACUCCAGGCGGCGCAUUGAUUCAUUUAUUUAUUUUAUUUUUAUAUAUAAACUUUUUAUUUAUAUACUUAUUUACUUAAUUCAUUUUGUUACGCUUUUAAUUUAAUAAUAUUAAUAUAACAAUUUAGUUUUGCUCUGGUUAACAGCAUCCAGCGCUCAGUUUGUUUGCUGUUUUUUCAUUUUGUUUGUUUAGUUUAUAAAUUGCACUUUCUGUGAUCAAUAAUUUUUAACUUAUACACAAUCAUUAAUAAUACUUUAAUAAGCUUGCAUUUGAAUUGUAUGGUCUUUGUGAAUUUAAUUUCUAAUUUAAUUAAUAUUUGAAUGCCUAACAAUUUCUUAAUUUAGUUGGUGUCUGGUAACAUGUAUGGUGGUGGCAUGGAAUUGCAUUAUGAUAUGAAGUGUGGAUUUUUACUCUAUUCAGUGACAAUAUUAAAUUCAGGGCCCUACAGGUGUCUUGCCAAACAUAAGGACAUAAAACAAAUUGUAACCUAUGAACUUAAUAUAAUGCGUAAGGGAAAUUUGUAUGUGUUAUGAGUACAUUAAUAAUAAUUUAAUAUUUGCUUGACUGCUUGUGUGGCUUAAGAGUAAUUUUUUAUUAACAACUUGUUAGACAAGGGUUUACUUAAAAGAAAAAAAAAUAUUUAUAUUCAUAUUUCAGAUUACUGAUACUGAUAAUAUAGAAUACGAGUAUGAUCAAAAAAUAGGAUACACACUUAGGUCACCUUCGGUCCGAGAUUCUGGUUCAUUCAGUUGUGUGAGCUACAAGAAUAACAUCAAUGAUUCACGAGAAUUCAAUGUUUUCAUUAAUCGUGAGUUGGUAUUGUUACACAUACAUGGUGUUUGGUUAUUGAAUUUUGAGAACUUAGUACAUUAAAUGUAUAAUAUACUUAAGUUAAAAUUUGCUCUAUAUGUUGGUUCAUCUCAUUUAUGUAUAAUAUUAUUAUUUAUUUAUCAAUAAUUGAUUUUGAAUACUACUCUCUUACACAUUGGUUAGUUUAAGAUAAUUUAAAUUAUUUCAUUCUCAUAUUUUCAAAAAUAAAAAUAAUUUUGUUUAGGUACCUUUUCUUUUAAUUAUAAAAAAGUGCACAAGUUUAACUUGUUUUUAUUAUUAUUAUCAAGAUAGUUGAGUUUUAUUUAUUAUAUGUUUAAUACAAUGUUCAUUAGUUUUACUGGAGAUAAAAUCAAUUUAAAAUAGCCAAACAUACUUUGCACCAUAAGUGAGUCACCGUUAUAGGUGAGAAGUAGAGAAGGUUGGAUGUACAGGGUACAUUUUUUUUAUCAUGAACCAGAAAUUAUCUCAGAGGAUUGAAGUGAAAAUGAUUUCUCUUAUUCUUUUAAUCAUUAUGAAAUCGUUUGGGAUUUAUUUUAAAUGUUAUACCCUUUCUCCAUAUACUUUAAAUAAGUACAUAAUUUUGUUUUUAAAAUAGGAACCCCUCUUUAAACACAGAUUUGAUAUUUUUUUAUAAAUAUUGGUGUGCAUAACACUAAUAUCAAAGUUAAAAAUUUAGACCGGAGAAGUAUAGAAGAAUUAUCAAUUUAUUAUUUAAAAAUAGACAUGCCUUUUAUUACCAUUCUAUAGGCCUCUUGUCUAAAUUUUAAACGGUUAUACCUCAUAAACAGAUAUUCUCUAUGCAUAUCUGUGUCAAAAAGAGAGGGUUUCUAUUUUAAAACACAACAGUAAGUACUUAUUAAAGGUGUAUACCACCAUCUAAUACCAUUAUUUACUUUGUGUUUUCAUAUAUUUAUGUAUGUUUAUUUAAGUGUUAUUAUUGUAAAGAAUAAAAUUAUUAUAGGUCCUCACACGAGCUAGCUCAGUGGGGCCCAUUAUUUUGCAAAAUAAUAUAGGUAAAUAAUAAUAAUAACAAUAAUACUAAGGAGUAGGAUUAAAAAUUUAAAAUGGUGUUAAAAUAAAGCUUAAAUGACUUUACAAUGAUUAAAAUAAAAAACAGAAAUCAAAUUCAUAAAAUCCUUGGAGAUAAUUUGUUCUUGAUCAUGAUAAAAAAAAAAUCACUCUGUAUUGGUAUAUAAAGUAAUUCAGUUUAUAUCUGUACUCAGCAAUUAUUUAUUACGAACAAAAAACGAGUCUUAGUGAAGUUUGGUUAAACAUAUUUUGAUAAUUUUGAAUAAAAGUUGUAGCUAUUAAUUUUUAACCACAAAAUAAAUUACAAAACAGUAAAUUUAAUUUUUGUCUUUAUUAAACAAACAAAAAAAACUUUAAAUUUAAAAUAGCUAUUAAUUAAUCAUAAAACACCAGUAUAAUAUUUUGGAAACAGCACCAUAAUGAAAAAAGGCUAAUAUAAAUAUUUUUGGUGAAAGUUUCAGAUCUCUACAAUUAUUUUUAACAGAAUUAUAAAAAAAUAAAAUCGAAAAUAGCUCAGAAACCUCUGAUGCAAAAUUAUUAUUUUUUUUUUUUUAUUUUUCCCCGUUAUUAAGAAAACCACAAAAUGUUUACUCCAGUCUAGUUGUCCAACUAGACUUAAUUUUGUAUCCAUUUCCCUAAAGUUGAUGAUCGUACCAAGAUUUUUCGUUGUAAUGUUAUUUACAAAUUAAAAAUAUAUAAUUCAAAAAAUAGAAAAACCAAAAUAAAAAAGACACACAUGUUACACAUAUCAAAUUAAAAAUAUACCUGCAUGAGCUUUGCUCAGAAUUUAAAAUAUAUCUAGUAAUUUUAAUUAAUUCUGAUUGUAAAUCAUUGUAGUAUUUGUUUAAAAUAAUUUGACUUGGUAUGACUAUCUACUCUGACUAAAUUAUUCGUUUUAUUUUUUUUUAUCAUUAUUAAUAAUAGCAUUUAUUACUUGACAUGCUUUUGGCAUUUAAUUGGCAUUAUUUUUAAUUUUGUUAAUAUUUAUUGCACCAUUAAAAUAAUUAAAAUAACAUUUGUACGAUUUUAAAUUAUAAUUUUCAGCUCUUGUGCAUAAUGUAGUUAUGCCUUAUAUCAAUAAUACUGAUUCAGACCAUGUAAUUAUCGGUCAAAAUUUAAGUCUAAAUUGUUCCGUAAUCAUGGAUCUUGGUGUUUCUUUUACAUUACAUUGGAUAGUUCCCGAUCAGCAGAAAUUAAGGGUUAGCUGUUCACUCGAUUCACUUAUUUGGAAUAAUAAUAUUACUUUAAUUAUAUAUUAUUGAUAAGGAUCGACAUGUUAUAAUUGAAAAAGAACGUUUUGUCAAUGGUUUGAAACACGGCAUUAGUAAAAGUGUUGGUAGUCGUUUAAUGAAGAUUCAAAAUGUUACUACUGAAGAUGAAGGUCGGUAUGAUUGUGAAGUAACAGUGCAUUCUGGACAUAAAAACCAUGCUUCAUACACACUUAAAACAUACAGUAAGGUCUAAACUACAGUUGCUUUUGUUAUAUGUAGUCUACAUAUAAUAAAAGCAUCAUCUUUUUUUUACAAUUUUUUUAAUUAUUAUUGUUUUGUACUUUUGUAGCGCCCGAUGUGACUUAUUUGAAUUUAACAGUACGAGGAGGUGUCAAUAAAAUAAUAAGUAAAGCUGGAACUCUCAAGGUACAAUGGAUAAUUGAAAUAUUAGCUUACCCAAAGCCGACUCUCGUAUGGUAAAUAGGGAUAAAGUAAAAAAAUUAUUAUUGAUUUGCCUUAAAUUUGUAUUAUUUAAACCACAGGAAAGAUCCAGACGGUAGAGAAAUAGGGAUGAAUACGGAAAAAAUAUCUGUGGAAAACGACAAGACUACAUCCAAAUUAGUUAUAUACAAUUUACAACUAUUCGAUUCUGGUAUGUACGAACUAACUGCAGAUAAUGAUGCACAUAGACAACACAUUUCUGUUACUCUUUUAGUUAAAGGUAAACAAAGUGCUAAAAUAUCACAAUAUGUGGCAAUUCUAUAUUUUAUUUAAAUUCUAUAUUUUAGAAAGACCUUUAGUAGAAAUAGAUAAUAAAUUUAUGGCAAAACCAAUCUAUGACGUAGGAAAAUUUCACAACAUCAGCUGUAGAGUUGCUGGUUAUCCAUUGCCUGAGGUUGAAUGGACUUUACAAAAAUGUCCAAAUCAUUCCAAAUGCGAAGAUUCAUAUAACAAAAUACCAGUAAUAUUAUUAUUAUUAUUAUGAAUAUUUUUUUUUUAUAAAUAAUUAUGUAAAUCAAAGAAGGUGAUAUUUUCAAAAUAUGCAUAAAAAUCGAGAUUAAGUAAAUUAUUUAUUUCUUCUCUUUUGCCUUCAUUCCAAUUAUUUUAGGUCGUUCACACUUGCCCUAAAAUCCCACAUCAUUCUCAUAUACAACGACUGUUCUCAUAUCAUUGAAUCAAUCUCAACCGAAUACAACCACCUCUUUUUCGGCCAUCCAUUUUCCCUCUUCCAAUAUUUAUUUCUAUUACUAUUCUUACUCCUUUGAUACUUCCUUUUUAUUAUUCCUUUUAUUCCUUUUUAUAUUGUGGAUGCUCUUGGCGUGUAUAAAAUAUUAAAUUUCCAGUUAGAUCUUAUGGUAAACUUCCAUCCAUAAACUUUCUUUGUUCAACAUUUUAAACAUAACACAAAAUUCAUCAUUUUUAUUUCAAAACUUUUUUAAAUGUAUUAUUUACUCAAAUUAUUUUCUAUAAAAUGUAAAAUAUGUAAAAAAAUUCACCAAAUAUGCAUAAAAUUAGUUAUAAAAAUAGAGACUCGAAAAAAACAGACAUCCUAAAACUUCUCUUCUCUGCUAAUAAGUAAUAUUGCAUAAUAUAUUUAUUUCACAGAGAAACAUGUAUAAAGAAACCGUUAUGAGCGAAACAUUCCUUAUAUCGACUAUAAAUAUUUUUUCUACUGAAUCUGGAAUACUUGCAUGUAACGCUACAAAUGAAUAUGGAAAUACUAUUUACACAUCCAAUUUUAUUAUGACUGGUAAAAUAAUGUAGUUAUUUUAUUCUAUUAACUUUACAAUUAUAUGGUUUUUAUAUAGAAAUAUAUUAUUUUAGAUAUACCUAAUGGUUUAACAAACAAAGGACCUCCAAUUGUGGUUGAAGGAGACUAUAAUGUAACACUAGAAUGUGGUGCUUCUAAAUAUUAUUACCACCAUGAUAUAAAAUGGACCUAUCAAACGUUAAUUGGGGAAGAGGUUCCAGUAAAUAUCAAUGAUAGUGAGUAAAUAUAUUCAAAAUAGAAAUAUUCUAUUUAUUUUAUUUUUUUAUUGAAUAUUUUAUUUAACUAUUUAUAGCAAAUAAAUUAAAAUUAUGCAAUUUAAAAAUGAUAAUUAACUAUUUAUAAAUUUGUUGCAGAUUUUAUUAUUACUAAUAAUGAUACACAAUUUUCAUAUCGGUCAAACUUAAUAAUAAAAAAUGUAACAAAUAAAGAUAAUGGAACAUAUUUUUGUACUGUUCUUGAAGUAAAUAAGGAAGAUAAAGUAAAACUAAUAUUUCCAUUAAUAGUCAAGAGUAAGUCUAUUUUGAAUAAAAUAAUUUAAGAAACCUCUUAUGUAUAAUUUUUAUAUAACUACAGAACCACAUAUUCCAUUAAUUAAUAAAGUAUCUAAUUCAAGUAUUCGGUCAGUCAAAACUGGACAACCAGUACAAUGGCAUUGUUAUGUAAGCGAUGGUAUGCCACCGCCAACUAUUUUAUGGUAUAAAGUAAGUAAAUAUUGUUUAUAAAUAAAACAUUUAGUAGUUAACAUUUAGUAACAUUAAGUAGUUAUUUUAUUUAUAUACUUCUAGAAUGGCCAACUAUUUCACUUAGCUAAAAAUGAUACUAGAGUGUUGUUAGCAGAUAAAAAUCAAACACUUAUAAUUCGUUUUACUGCAUUAGAAGAUGAAGGCUCUUAUACAUGUAAUGUUUCAAAUAGAAUAGGCAGUUCUACUUUGACCAAUAGUUUGAUAUUUAUUGGUAUGUUUAUAACUUGUAUAAAUAAAAUAUUUAAUUUUAUAAUAUAGCAUGUUUUUUUCUACAAUUUUAAUGUAGAUACAUUAGUAUACUAUAAAUAUUUUUAUUAUAGAUAGACCUACAGAACAUGAACAUUUCGGUUUCAUUGCUUUUUGUACUGUAUCGACUAUACUUCUGGGAGUUCUUAUGAUAGGAUGUGCCAUACACUUAAGAAGAGAACAGGUGAUUUAAAUUAAUUCUAAUACUUGAUCAACAUAUUAUAAUUUAAUUAACUGUACAUUUUAAAACAGAAAUUAAAACAAGAAUUAGCUCUCGCCGGCUUAUUACACUUUGAAAAUGGUGCAGUAGAAAGUUGGAAUCCUGAUUUGGGGAUUGAAGAACAAGCAGAACUGCUUCCCUAUGAUAAACGAUGGGAGUUUCCUAGAGAUAAAUUAAAGCUUGGUAAAAUAUAAGGAAACUUUGUUAUAUUUUUAAUUUUUUGUGUAAUACUUAAAAGUAUACAAUUUUGAUCAACAAUUUAGUUUGAUUACUAUAUUCACUAAGUCGUUAUAAACAUAAUCAUUAGUUAGAUAAAAUCUAGAAUUUGGUCUGGUAAUUAAUCAACAUACUUAAACGAUCUUAAUAAUAUUCAAUAUAUAUUUCUGAAAAGAAUUGCCUGCGUUACCCAUUAUACUAUCUCCAGAGACUUUCCUCGUGGUUCAAGGCUCUAUAAGUCCAGAUUCUCUUACCAUCAGACAUAAUUUAAUAAAUAUAAUGAAUGUUUAUGAUAUUGUAAAUAACUAUAUCAACUGCCUAGCUAUUUUAAAUUUAAAUGGAUUUAAAAUCCUUAGUCGAAUACACGUAAUUCUGAUUUGUUCUAUAUAAUUAAAUUUAAAACAAAUUGUGACAAAAAUUAAUUUUUCUCAAGAGCUCUGUUAAACAUUAAUAAAAUCUCCACAAUCUUAAGUUUUUUUUGUUUUAUCUUACCAGAAUUUUAAAACUAAAACAUUGUUACUUUUAAACCAUAGAACCUAAUUAAUUUUAUAUUGUUUUAUUAAGUUUCACGUGUCAAUUAAUAUGUAAUAUUUUACUAAAGGACUUAUGCCCAUUGCUUAAUAAUAAAUAAAUAAAUAAAUAAUUGUUAUUUAAUUUAUAGGUAAACAACUAGGUUCAGGAGCAUUUGGUAUUGUCUUUAAAGCCGAAGCUAUGGGUAUAAUUGAUAAAGAUACAACUACUACUGUUGCUGUAAAGAUGGUAAAACCUAAUACAGACCCAUCAUAUAUUAAAGCACUAGCUUCUGAGUUAAAGAUUAUGAUCCAUCUUGGCAGGCACUUAAAUGUAGUAAAUUUACUUGGAGCAUAUACUGGAAAUAUAAACAAAAGUAAAAUGAAUACUGUUUAAAUUAAUACCAAUAUAAUUCUGAAAAAAGGUAUAAACAAAUGUAUAUUUUUUUUCAGGAGAACUGAUGGUGAUUGUAGAAUAUUGUCGUUUUGGAAAUAUUCAUCAAUAUUUGCUUAAACAGAGAGACCGCUUUGUAAACCAAAUAACACCCGAUGGUUAUUUGGAUUACGAUAUUAAUACAAUAUCAAAGUAAUUUGAAUCAAUAUUUUGAUUUUUAAACAGUCCUCCCUCAAAUAAUAUUAAAUUAUUAACUAUAAACUUUUGUGCAUUAGAAAUCCAUUUUAUGUAAACAUUCCUAAUAAAAUUGAAUUGUGUACAAAAGUUGAUGAUAGUGGUACACAGAUUGGUUCCGAUGGUUAUUUGGUACCCGAUGAAGUUGAACCAGAGUGGCGUACCAAUUAUCGUGGCGACUAUAAAAAUUUAACUGUUAAGCCAAUUUGUACACAUGACUUGAUAUGUUGGUCAUUUCAAGUAGCACGAGGAAUGGAAUAUCUCGCCAGUAGAAAAGUAUAAUUUUGAAAUACUGUAGUUUUAUAAACUGCAUGCAUACUUACUUUCUAGUGUAAUACUAAAUUAGCUUUAUUCCUUGCUAUUAUAUCCUCCCUUGAAGAAUUCCCUCUUAAAUAAUUGCUUUAAAAAAUCUCAAUUGAAGAGAUAUUAUAAAUUUAAUGUCUUACAUUAAUUGUUUAGAUUCUUCAUGGCGACUUAGCAACAAGAAAUAUUCUUUUAGCCGAAGAAAAUAUUGUAAAAAUAUGUGACUUUGGGUUUGCAAAAACUAUGUAUAACAAUGAAAAUUACAAAAAAAAGUCAGAUAAGGUAUAAUUUUGUAUAAUUGUGUUAAUUUCAGUAUAUAAUAUAUAUAUAUAUAUAAAUACAUUUUAUUAAAUUUUAGGAUCUUUUGCCAGUCAAGUGGAUGGCAAUUGAAUCCUUACGUGAUCGAGUUUUUUCAACACAAUCAGAUGUUUGGGCAUUUGGUGUAGUUCUGUGGGAAAUAUUCUCUUUAGCUGUUACUCCAUACCCAAGUAAAUUGUUUAUAGUUAAUGUUAAUAUAUUUAAUAAUAAACUUGAUGAUGUAUAAAUGAAAUUAAUAUUGCUUUGCUUACUCUAUUAGAUGUACAAAAAUUUAAUGAAUUGUUUAACAAGUUAAUUGAAGGUUACCGAAUGGAACAACCAAAAUUUGCAAAUUCUGAAAUGUAAAUCAUUUUUCAAUAACCUAUUAUUUUUUUGAAUCAUAGUUUAAAUUGUUUUAAGUUUAAUAAUAUUUAUUUUUUUGUUCAGAUAUAAUAUAAUGUUGGACUGUUGGAAAGUAGUUCCAAUGUCAAGGCCAACAUUCACAGAUUUAUCCGAACGCUUAAGUGAUUUAUUACAAGACGGUACAAAAUCGGUAAACAAAUUUAAUAUAAAAUGUAUUACAUUUUUUGAAUAUUAUUAUUAAUGUUUAUUCAUAGCAUUACAUGAAUUUAAAUGAGGUUUAUAUGAGAAUGAAUACUGAAGGAGGUCAUUCGACUGAUUACUUGAGUCUUUUAACUGAACCGACUUAUUUAAAUUGUUCAACUGUGUCUGAAAACAAUUCAAAUUCUUGUCUAAACAUUUCUGAACAUUCUGAAAACAGAGAUGAUUUGGAAUUGAAACCAAUGCUUAACUCAGGUAAAUUAAAUUAAAUUUGAUUAGCUUGUUUUUGUUAAUAUUGUUUAACACGUUCACCUCAGCACAUACAUCACUCUCCAAAAUUAUACGCACAGUGUUCUGUGAUAACUAUUAGCCAUCACUUACAAAUCCUUACAAAUAAUCAACUGCAUAAAAUGAUGUAGUCACUGAAUGUUCUUGAUCAUAUCAUAUCAGCCAAAAAUGUAUAUAUAAAUCUAUGAAUAUAAACUGUGAUGCUAACCAGAUAUAUAAUUGUUAGUGCACUGGUGAACGUGCUAAUAGUUAAUAACAAUUUUAAUACUAUUUUAGACUAGGUUUUCUUUAGUACUUAACAUUGAAGUCUUUUAAAAAUUUUAACUAAUCAUCUUAUCAAACUAUGUUUUAUGUACUUUUUAGUUGAAUGUUCUGGUUACAUAAAUUUAACAAAACCGUCGUAUUUUUCUAACCCCAAUUAUGAUUGUGUGGAUAAAACCAAAAAUUAUUCAUAUUUACCAUCAACGUGUCCAAGGUACACAUUCAUAACUUGCUUAUUAAAAUGCAUAAUAUAUUAUUUGCUUUUAUUAACUCGCUAUAUUUUUGGUAAACCCUGGCUUUCUACUGAAAUAAUAUACAUUCUAGUAAAAACUAAUAAGUCAGUGUUUUUGUGGAUUUUGAGGUUUUUUUGUUUUGUUAGUAAAAUAAAUUAUCAUGUACUUCAUCGACAAUAUUAUUUAAUAAUAUAUGCAAUUUAAAAAAAGACUAAUGCAUUAUUAAUGAUAAUUAAGAUAGUAUUUGUUUUCCAAGUCUAUUAUUAAUUUAUUAUUUGUUUGAUUUGGAACAUUUUUAAUUGCACAAAUUGCACAUGCUUGGAUCUAUUUACUAAAAUAAAAUAACAAAAUUAAUUAGUUUUAUUAAGUGAACAUAUGUUAUUUAUUUGCAGCUAUGUUUGACUGA